AUGUCCCUCCGCGCGUCACGGCUGAGCGUGGGCGCCAAUAUUGCCCUUUUGGGCAUCGUGGGGAGAAAAACAGGAAUCGCCCCCAAGGCAAAUGUGCUGAAAGAUGCCGAUGAUAUGGACAACGUCGACGAUUGGUUUGCCAGCUCUGAUGAAGAAGAGGCGAGAGACCUGGCGGAAAUGGAAGAGGAAGUCGAAGAGGAGGUAGAGGUGGAGGAGGAGGCCGAAAUGGAAGAAAGCGAAAUAGGAGAGCAAGAGCCCUCCUUCGCCAUCGCCUCUCCGGCGCGGAGAGGCGGUGGUGCGCUGUCGAUCCUCGAUCAGAGCUUUAUGCAGAACGUGACGCCCAUUCGUCGCGUCUCCUCGCGGGCCGACGUCACCUUUGCCGAGCAGGACAGCCUGCCGUGGGUCAGCCCGCCCAACCUGUCGCCCACCCGCGCCAGCGAGUCCACCGCCGCCAAAUCACGCGCCGGCGGCGAGAAGCGCAGGAGCACAGUCACAGCCAACGUCGCCACCACCGCCGCCGCUGCUGCCGCACAGCCGAGUUCGAUUAGAUCGGGCUCGGUCGUCAACGCGCGCGCCAAGCCCACGCCGCCCUCUCCGCCGCCGCCGGUCGACGAUGGCAAUGAUGACCAGUUGGACACCUCGGGCUACUCGUCGGUCCCGGAAUCGGUGGCGAUGACCACCAGCAAGCCGGCGAUGGCCUCGACUGCCGACCAGACCGCGACGUCGACAAUCAAGAGCGGCCGUAAAGGCAAGAAGUCGGCGGCGCGCACGACGUCGGCUAAACCGCGGAGGGAGGCUACUGUCAUUGCCGACGACGACAGCAGCGUCAGUGGACACGCCUCUGUCGCUGCUGCCUCUGAUCAGAGUGCGUGGGCGGUGUCGUCCGUGUCGUCUUCCGGCGUCGACUCGGUGCGCCUGCCGCCCACGCCCAAGGUGAUGAUCAUGGACGAGUCGUCGAGGCCGCGCGCGAGAAGGAAGAAGCGGGGGAGGGACCUCACUGAAGAACGAAGCGACGACGACGAAAAAGAAGAACGAAGCGAAGACGAAGACGAAGAGGACUCGGCAAAACCACGGAGCAAAGGGAAGGCCGCUAAACAGUCCACCAAGGCGCUGUCAAAGAAGCAAGAGAAGAGGAAGAGAGAUGAAGAGGAAGAUGACGAAGAAGAGGAGAAGCAACAGAAAAAGAAGAAAAAGGAGAACGAGUCAAAGCAGAGACGACGAACGGAAGAGGAAGAAGAGGACGACGUCAGCGGAGGGGAGGAUGAGGCGGAUGUACAGUACGCGCGCAACGCGAAGGGGCGAAAGGGCGCGGCCAGCGCCCGCACCGCCGCCGCCGCUCCCACGAAGAGCGCUGCAGCUUCGGCGAAGGACACCGGAAAGCGAAAGGCCGCCGCCACGCGCUCGCCACCGCCGAAGGCCAGCAAGAAGCGGAGGCUCGAAGAUGAUGACGAAGAGGAGGAGGAGGAGGAUGACGAAGAAGAACGACGGAGGGAGAGCAAGAGAAGGGGCAAGCAGAAGGCGACCACUCCCUCUCCGCCCGCGUCGCCAGCGCGAGCUGACGACGUGAGCUUCGGCGGUGCCGACGUCUCGGGCUUCACUGAGCCCGACCACUCGCUCGGCGCUGCCGAUGUGCGCAGUGUCAGCAUGGAGAUGGCCUCGCCCGAGACGAGCCACAGUGACGACGGCGGCGGCGGCGGCGGCUACGAGACCCACAUCCCGCUCAAGGACGCGGCGCCCUCGUCGCCGGUCGGCCAGCGCUACCUCAGCGAGACGAGCAUGAACGACCUCACCGUCUACGAGGAGCUGCCGACCUUUGUCGAUCCCAACGACGUCACGUGGGCGGCCAACGACAGCCUCAUCGAAGAGACCGAGGCUAAUAGGCAAGCACCAACGCGCAGGAGCAAGAGGAAGAAAGUCACGCCUUUGGCCUACUGGAAGAACGAGCGUGUUGUCUACGGCUUCAAGGAAGGCGAUAGAAUGCGGAGCGUGAAGGACGUCGUGCGCAUCACUUCGCCGGAGGUGCCCUGGCGCGCCCACGCCGAUGGUGUCAUGCGCUCGCGCCUGGUCUUCAUCCUGUGGGCGCCCGAUGCCACGUCGACCAAGGAGCGCAUGGUGGGCGAGCAUGUUCGCCCAAGGGCGCCAAGGGCCUCAUCGACCAGUGGCGCGGCGGAGGCAUGA